ACCCCCCGAGGGGGACCCUGCCCGCCCCACGGGGAUCGCCGGCCUGUGCCCCCCCUUUGUGCCCCAUCUAUAGAAUCUAUACAACAGCGGGGGGGGACGUUGGGGGGGGGGUCACGCUGUCACCCCCGUCACCGCCCCCCGGCCGGAAGGGGCUGUGACUGCCCGCUCCCCGGGGGGGGGAAGGAGUCCGUCUGUCCGUCCGUCCGUUCGUCGCUGUGGGUCCGGCUGUGGGUCCGUGUGGGGCUGUGAGUCCGUCUGUCCGUCCCUGUGGGGCUCUGAGUGCCUGUGUGUCGCUGAGGGUCCGUCUGUCCGUCCCUGUGGGGCUGUGAGUCCGUCUGUCCGUCCCUGUGGGGCUGUCGGUCCGUCUGUCCGUCCCUGUGGGGCUGUCGGUCCGUCUGUCCGUCCCUGUGGGGCUGUGGGUCCGUCUGUGGGUCCGUCUGCCCCACCAGAUCCGGCCCGUCCGUCUCUGAGCAUUGACGUGUCCCCCAGGUGCUGCCCGUCCGUCCGUCCGUCCGUCCCCGCAGCCCGCCCCGUCCUCUCCCGUGCCCGCAGCUCCUCCUGUCUCCCGGUUCGAUGUGGGGCUGCCGGUGGCUGCUGGCGCUGCUGGCGCUGGGGGCGUCCGCCCCGGGGGGGGCCGAGGAGGGGCUGCGCUUCCCCUCCCACGACGGGGCGCCCCGCGUCGUGUCCGUCACCGCCCUCAAUCACCGCGAGGCGCUGCGCAGCUCCGCGGUGCUCGCGCUGCUCCUGCACCGACCCGGGGGGGCCCGGAGCGAACGGGAGGAGAGAGUGCUCGAGCUGGCAGCGCAGGUGCUGGAGGACAAAGGAGUGGGGUUCGGCCUCGUGGAUGCAGAGAAGGAGGCGGAUACAGCCCAGAAGUUGGGUAAGGGGGGGGGUCACCAUGGGAACCCUUAUGGGGUGGGGGGACAUCGGGGCCAGAACCCCCCAUGGCAUCUGCCCCAGGUGCUGGAGGACCCGGUGGAGUUCAUUGAGGGCGACCACGAGCUGCACGCGUUCGAGAACAUUGAGGAGGACCCCAAAGUCAUCGGAUACUUCGAGGGGGAGGAGUCAGAGAAUUUCAAAGCCUUCUCAGCGGCAGCGGCAGAAUUCCACCCCUACAUCCCCUUCUUUGCCACCUUCGACCCCAAGGUGGCCAGGAAACUGACCCUAAAGCUCAACGAGAUCGACUUCUAUGAGCCCUUCAUGGAGGAACCGCUCACGCUGCUGACGCAGCCCCACGGCAGAGAGGAGAUCGCCCGCUUCGUGGAGGAGCACAAGCGGGCAACGCUGCGGAAGCUCAAACCUGAGAGUAUGUACGAGACAUGGGAGGAUGACAUGGAAGGAAUCCAUAUCGUGGCCUUUGCUGAAGAAGAUGACCCAGACGGCUUUGAGUUCCUGGAAAUCCUGAAGCAGGUUGCCAGGGACAACACUGAGAACCCCAAACUCAGCAUCAUCUGGAUCGACCCCGAGGACUUCCCGCUGCUCAUCCCCUUCUGGGAGAAAACCUUCGGCAUCGACCUGUCCCGGCCACAGAUCGGAGUGGUCAACGUCACCGAUGCUGACAGCGUGUGGCUGCCCAUGGCGGAUGAGAACGACCUUCCGGACGCGGCGGAGCUGGACGCGUGGAUCGGGGCCGUCCUGGAGGGGGAGGUCAGCACCGAGAGCGAUGACGGACAUUAGGGGCAGCCCGGCCCCGCAUCGCGGCCAUUAAAGCGCUUUAAUACAGGACAGAACCGACACUUAA